AUGGCAUUCAGUGUGAUGCAUGCAGAUUUGUACGCUAUUGGUGGGGCUUCAUUUCUACGUGAAUAUGAUAUUGUAGAUGAAUUAAUGACGUAUGAACAACAUAGUCAAGGCCCAUUAGUACAUACAUGGUAUGAAGAUUUUAGAGAUAUCAAACGAAUCUAUUUGCCAACAUCAAGUAAGGGAGCUGAUACCAACAGCACAAUGAAUUCCUCUGGUUUAAUCAUAUUUACUGAUGCUAAUUUUACGAAAGCAAAUUUUUACCAUACAUGUAAUGAAACGGAGAACCCUGCAAGAGCUCUACCAUGCUAUUCUCUGACCGGCAGAGAUUGCUAUUCACGAAGUGAAAAGUGUGAUGGAAUCAAUCAGUGUGCCACAUGGGUUGAUGAAAUGGACUGUCCGGAAAAUGAAACGAAAAACCCUCAACCAUUACGUGUAAUAGAUACAUUUGAUAUACUAUUUCGUCAAUGGAAUGAUGGCGCUUGGUUAUGGCACAGCACAUUUGUGAAAGCUGAUGGGCAAAUUCAGUUUCGUGUGGAUCUGCCUAAAAUGAACGCUGACUGGGUAGCCGGUGCAUUCUCUGUUGACAGUGAAUUGGGCUUAACUUUGAUGCAACAACCUUAUUUAUUUUCCGGCACACGAAGAUUUUACAUGACGGUUGAACUACCUGAAGAAGCUGUAUGGGGUGAACAGAUUGGUGUUCGUGUGUGCUUAUUUAACAACUGGAACUAUUGGAUCGAAGCUUUAGUUGAAGUGAAAGCAAAUCCUGAUAUUCGUUUCGUUCAAGUUGGUCCAGAAGGACGUGUGUCCGCCUAUGCUCCAGAAGUGUCUAUCAAUAAGUCUGUUCAAUCAUUGGCCUAUCUAGAGGCUGGUACUUCACGUUACAUCUACAUGCCGAUUUCUCCUAAACUUCCUGGGAAUACUUCAUUUACAAUAUGCGCUUAUAGUUUUAUUGGUUCCAAUUGCGAAACGCACACAAUACAUGUUCGUAUGAAUGGUGUAACAAAUUACUUUCAUACUGCAAGUUUCCUAGAUCUAACGAGUUCCAGUACAUUGUUCGUGAAUAAUUUCAAGAUUAUUGUUCCACAAAAAUUCACGAUACCAGAAAGACGCCUACACCGUUUCGUACCUGGAUCACAAAAAGCUAUUCUCAGCGUAGUUGGUGAUUUUAUCGGUCCAGCGUUGAGUGAAAAAUUUCGUUAUGCAGAUACCCGAAAUAUUCUACUUGGUGCGUUCGCUAAUUUCAGAGAUCGUUUAGAUGAAACGGACCCACUGGUGACAGCAAUAGCCCUAUGGAGUUUACUGUUGACAAGGCAAACUCAAUGGAAUCGUUUAAUUUAUGUGGACGAUGAUACUUUUGUUCGAAUUAUUAAUUAUUUAAAACAAACUCAACAGUUCAGUUCAUAUGACCGUGAUAUUGCUGAUAGGUCAGUUAUUGACGUCCGGCUAUCGGGCAGUUGGAAUAUUACGAAUGUUGUUGACCGACGGUUUUCUCCACGUAUCGAUACAAAUAAAUGGCCUGAUCCAAUCGACCGAGAAUGUCAUCGUCGUGUACCAUCAGCAGCUAUGGUUAUAAUUGCAUUACGUUCAACAGAACGUACCCUUCCUAGUGGUGUUGGUGCUGAUAAAGCUGAAGGGAUCAUUUCAGAGGCUGUUAGAUUUCUUAGUCGGCAUAUUUUAAAUGUGGAUGAUUUAUUCUCACAAAUGAUUGGCACAUAUGCCUUGAAAGUGGCUGUAGAUGCGACAUCUCAGCAUAAAAUAUCACAGGCUCUAAAGCGUAUUCAAGCAUUUCAUCAAAAGGUGAUUAUGUUUACUACGCAAAUUACAGAAUACCACCACCGAAAUGGGAGUUAG